AUGGUCUGCCGCAACGAACACCCCACAGAUACCAAUAGCGUAGGUCUGACCGCCAUGUUGUGUGAGCUGCGUUUGGAGCGCAUCGCGCAAACCUGGCGAGAUCGGUGCACCGUCAAACACAACAUUUGGGCAAAUGAGUACAACCGCCGUAUAGAAGAGAAGAAGGCACAAGAAGAAGAUGACAAGAUGUUCAUAGAGAAAUGCACUGUUUGGUGGAAAGAGUGUCGAGAGUUGGCGAACCAGCUGCGCGCCCUAUUCCAUAAAUUCAGGACCAACCACCCUGUUACGCCAGCUGACUGGGAAGCUCUAACGGCAGGAAAGGAGCGCAAAGUCUUUGCAGUUCUGUCGACUUGCUAUCCAAAAGAGACGUGGCCGCGAUCCGUGCCAUAUUUGAAUUUGAUUGCGCACGCGCUAUACGAAGAGGAAGAGGAUGACCGCCGACUAUGGUACAUGGAGCAAUAUCUGGUGGCCAUGGAAGAUAUCAGGCGACGAGGCGAAGAAGUACUUGGGACGAAGCGGAUUAUGGGUAACUCUUCUGCUAGAAUUAGCUUUCAGGCACCGUUGACUGAAGCACAAGUACUAGAAAAUCGAGAAACGCUGCGCGUCAAAAAGCAACAGCUUCAGGCUGAUAAAGCGCAAUUCUUUGCAGAACUAUACGACUUUAUCCUUGCCAGACUGCACGGCCAUGUGGUUUUGGACGGAGGCUGGGAUGUUGAUGUAUGGGCUGAAUCGGUACUCGAAGAGAUUGGUAUCAUCGCAACUGAUGAAGUGAAGGAGCACGUGGUCCAUUUCGUUCACCAAAUGUCGGAUGAGCCAAUCGACGAGUCUGAAGAUAUGGCCAAUGUAGCUUUUGAGCAGGACAUCAACUGCGAGGGAGAGUUCUUCUUGCCGUAUGAUGUCUAG